ACUGAAGAUUUUUUGGGGGCAAAUCACACACCAUCGAUCUGGGGACUGGCAAAGAGAAACCAUGGAGGUGCUUAGGAUGAUGCAGUUGAUGUUCUUAUGGUUAAGAACUCGAAGCUCUCGUGUGGCCCUCGUGGGUGGUAAUCACACGGCUGCCAGGUUUUGCACUCGCUAAGAAUUCCCAUUCCCCCCUGCUUUAGCUUUCCCCUCUCCCUCUUUUGCCUGAUCAGAGUUCUUUCUGCAAUUUCUUCAAUUCUGCUUCUGCCCCGAAAUCAACCGCGCAAUAAGCCUGUUUUUUCUCCUGAGUUUUCAUUUGAAGCAAUCCAUGGCGUUAAGCUUGGGAACAAAGCCUGUCGAGUACGUCCAAGUUUCUGGUCUGUAUUUGGUAAUCAAGCAUCCUACACCAGAAUCUAGGCUUUUGAGGUUUCUUGCUCGAGCCGUGUUGUUAGCUUUGUUAAUCGUUUCUUUCCCCUAUUUCGGAUCCAUUCUCAGAGAAUCCUCAAUCGCGUCGCAAUCGGUUCUAAACAAUGCCAAAUUUGGAUCUGAUAAUGAAAUCGAUAUUGACAAAUCAACAAACUACAGAAUCGUUUACCUUGAACAAGCUGAUUCUACUCUCGUCGAUGAGGGGAUGAGUGAAUUAGGCAAAGAUGAGAUCAAAUUUCACUCUCAGAGACAACUCCUCUUCGCUUACGAAUCUGACGCUAAAAGAGCUGCAGCCCUAAACGAACUCGAAGACGUCCUCCUCGAACCGCCGCGAUCAGCAUCGCGAAAAUCGAGGCGGUACUUGCGACGAACACGAUACCUUCCAGAUUUGAUGGGCGAUUCUCUCGAAGGCUACCCCCGCCAUGUUUUCAUCGACGUCGGUCUUCCGGAGAAGGAAGGCGGAAGCGGCACAAGCUGGUUUAAUCACAACUACCCUACCAGAAACAAGAAAUUCGAAAUGUUCAAGAUCGAGACAGUGAAUACCGAUCACGAGCCAUCCUCGAAGGCUUUGCAGGUCGGAAUUUCGGAUUGGCUGUCGAGCAACGUAAAAGCCGAAGAUUACGUCGUAAUGAAAGCAGAAGCGGAGGUUGUGGAAGAGAUGAUGCAAUCCGAGGCCAUACAGUUGGUCAACGAGCUUUUCUUGGAAUGCAAGCCACAACCAAACGGUGGCAGGAAAGUUUCCGGCGGCGGCGGCCGACGAGCUUACUGGCAGUGUUUGGCGUUGUACGGACUGCUCCGAGACAAAGGCGUGGCGGUUCAUCAAUGGUGGGGUUGAAAAUAAAAAUGGAGAAUUCAAAUCGAGAGAGUGGAGAGAGGGAAGGCGUUUGAUUUUCAUUUUUCUUUUAUUUAUUUUUUAGUUUUUUUUUCUUUUUNUUUUUU